ACACGUGUUAACUGUUUUGACAGUUUGACGUACAAAUAAAUGGCAAAGUGUUAAUUAAAAAAAACCGUAUUAAUUCUGUAGUAGUAACACAAAUUUUAAUAGGUUUUCGGUAACACAAUGGUUUUAGCGGAUUUGGGUCGUAAAAUUACGACCGCUUUACAUUCCCUAAGUAAAGCAACAAUAAUAAACGAAGAGGUAUUAAAUGGCAUGCUUAAAGAAAUAUGUGCUGCCCUAUUGGAGGCCGAUGUAAAUAUUCGUCUAGUUAAAAAAUUAAGGGAAAAUGUGAGGUCAGUAAUCGACUUUGAAGAAAUGGCUGGUGGUCUUAACAAGAGGCGCAUGAUACAAAGUGCAGUGUUUAAAGAGUUAGUUAAACUGGUUGAUCCAGGUGUUAAGCCAUACACCCCAAUCAAAGGCAAGCCAAAUGUUAUCAUGUUUGUUGGUUUGCAAGGUUCUGGUAAGACAACCACAUGUACUAAACUUGCAUAUCACUAUCAAAAGAAAAACUGGAAAUCGUGUUUAGUAUGUGCUGACACUUUUCGUGCUGGUGCUUAUGAUCAAGUUAAACAAAACUGUACAAAAGCUAGGAUACCAUUUUACGGAAGCUACACAGAAGUAGAUCCAGUAGUAAUUGCUCAGGAUGGUGUGGAUAUGUUUAAAAAAGAAGGUUUUGAAAUAAUUAUUGUAGAUACUAGUGGUAGACACAAGCAGGAAGAAUCCUUAUUUGAAGAAAUGUUGGCUGUAGCAAAUGCAGUGAAACCUGAUAAUAUUAUUUUUGUUAUGGAUGCUACAAUUGGACAGGCUUGUGAAGCUCAGGCAAAAGCAUUUAAAGAAAAGGUUGAUGUAGGCUCCGUGAUUAUAACGAAAUUAGAUGGCCACGCUAAAGGUGGAGGAGCCCUAAGUGCGGUUGCAGCGACGCAAAGUCCUAUAAUUUUUAUUGGUACUGGAGAGCACAUAGAUGACUUAGAACCAUUUAAAACAAAACCAUUUAUUAGCAAAUUACUUGGAAUGGGAGAUAUUGAAGGGUUGAUAGACAAAGUCAAUGAAUUAAAAUUAGAGGACAAUGAAGAACUUUUAGAAAAGAUCAAACAUGGACAGUUUACGCUAAGGGACAUGUAUGAACAGUUCCAAAAUAUCAUGAAAAUGGGUCCUUUUUCACAAAUAAUGGGGAUGAUACCCGGUUUUAGUCAAAGUUUUAUGUCAAAAGGUAGUGAACAAGAGUCUAUGGCGCGUUUAAAACGUCUUAUGACCAUAAUGGAUAUUUCACUGUCGUAUUCCAUAAUGGAUAGUAUGAACGACGGGGAACUAGACAGUCGCGAUGGGGCCAAACUUUUUUCGAAACAACAGGGUCGUAUCACAAGGGUCGCACAAGGAUCAGGUGUUACAGAACGUGAAGUCAAAGACCUAAUAACGCAAUACACGAAUUUUGCGGCUGUCGUUAAGAAAAUGGGCGGAAUUAAGGGGCUGUUUAAAGGGGGCGACAUGGCCAAGAACGUGAAUCAAGCACAAAUGGCAAAAUUGAACCAGCAAAUGGCUAAAAUGAUGGAUCCACGAGUAUUACAUCAAAUGGGAGGAAUACCAGGUUUACAAAACAUGAUGAGACAAUUACAAGCGGGUGCCGCGGGAGGUAUGGGAGGUCUGGGAAACCUUAUGAACAGUUUCGGAAAAUGAUAAAAUUCAUUUAAGUUUUAAUUACUGUUCUCGUUCGUCCUAAUAUUGUACAUAGUUUUUGAAAUACACGAAGAUCACUGGAUUAUUAUUAUUAUUAUUACAAUUUUUAAUUUAAUACAUAAUUUUGUUGA